CCGGUUAUGGCGUUGCGAGCCACAAGAAGCAGAAGCCGAAGCAAUCCAGUCCUUGCAAGCGCGUGUUCAGAAGGAUUGAGAAGGGAUGGGGUCGCGGGUGCAGCCGUCGCCACGGGGGUCAACGCUGUACCACAUGCUCGAGGACAGCCAGGCGGCCAUCUUCUGCUGUUGCUGUGAAGUGCCCUCGCCCGGCUGCGCUCGGCGCACUGCCUCUUCCUCUCCUCCGCCGACACCCCCUGGUGGCCCCGACAGCCCUGCUUCACCGGCUUCACUGCCUUCAUCCUCCUCUUCCUCGUCGCUGGACGGGGCUGCCCCACUGCCAUCUGACACAUCACCCGAAGAAUCCGGAGGCGGGGGUGGUCACCAGUCACGAUCAACCAAGAGGUCCCUGUCUGACAUGGGUGCAGUUCAGCAGCAGCAGCACAAAGAUGGCGCAGGCGAUGCGGAGCGCAACAGGCUGUACUCACCUUUCCGGCGCAGCCUGUUUCCAGGUGUUCCUCCGACCCUCCAGUUCUACUCGGAUGGACACCAAG